AUGCCGUGGACGGUCACAAACUCAUUCAAAAGGGGCCUCAUGAAAACUUACGGGAGACCUUCCCGUCGCAUCUACGAUGAUGACACUUUCCACGCUUCGAAGAAACGACGCGUGGAAGCAGUCGACGACUCGUACGACGCCGAGUCCAACCUGCGAUAUGCCAUCCGCGAAUCCUCCAUUGCCAUCACAGCCGUGACCGCCUCCAGCCCAUCACGGCGCAACUCGGUCAUAUUCUCGGAGAUCACGCAAGAGGACGACGAGGAUGACGGUGAGCUAUCGACACCACCGUCGUCACCACCGCCCCCUCGUUUGACACCCCCACCUGCCAACACGCGAAAACCGACGUUUGCAUUUCUGAAGCGCAAGAAAUCGACGAUUAAGGAGUCAAACGGCAGUCCCUUGACCGAGGUGAAUUCGAAUAGUGUUCGGUCGUUGGUGGAUCAGCCAAAGAAGAGUCAGCCACCGCAGCCCCCUGUAUUGAAGCAACUACAGAUCGACGCCGGGAUUACCGUGCGACGCAGCUGCAAUCUCUGUGGUAUGGAAUAUGUACCAUCCAACGCCGAAGACGCCGAUUUGCACGACAAGUUUCAUUCGAUGAAUGCGGUUGGUAUCGACCUCGGCAGAGCGUUUGUCCGAGGAAACGCGUCGCGUUGGGUUUACGAGGCGGCACGAUGUGACGAGGGUUAUAUUGUGAUUAUUGACCGGAAGGCAUCCCCGUCAACAAGAAAUCAAGCCAAGAAAGUGCUCGAUGUUGUGAAUCGGGAAUUGUCAUCGCCGCCGAUCGAUGACGCUACCUUGUGGAGCCAGAUUGAGCCUCCGAAACGUCUGCGCAAGAAUGGAGCAAAGGAAGAGACCGAUCGAUUUAAGGUGUUUUUGCAUAUGAAGGAUAGCAAAUGCAUGGGAUUGUGUCUGGCGGAGCGAAUAUGGGAAGCGCAUCCGGUCAAGUUGGAUGCGAAUGCCAGGACUGACGGCACCAACGACAGUAUUAACGGUGCCACAAAUGGCACAAAUGGCACUGGCGACGUGCAUCGAAGUUCUUCAGUCAGUGUUCACGACACGCUCGAUCCCGCUAUUGUUGGCGUUUCGCGAAUCUGGACCUGUGGCUCUGCGCGUCGAAGAGGUAUUGGCAUGGAUCUACUGGACUGCGUUAUCAGCAAUUUUAUCUACGGACUGGACAUUCCCAAGGAACAGAUCGCGUUCACGCAGCCGACCGAGAGUGGACUUCGCCUCGCCGAAUGCUUCUUUGGUGUGGGUGAGCCCUGGCACGUGUAUAACGAGGGACCAUGUGUCUCAUAG